AUGGCCAAAGUCCCCCGCAAUUUCCGCCUCCUCGAGGAACUCGAAAAGGGCGAAAAGGGAAUCGGUGACGGCACGACGAGCUAUGGCCUUUCGGACGGCGACGACUUGAUGAUGUCGAAUUGGAAUGGGACUAUUAUUGGGCCAGGGCAUACGAUCCACGAAAACCGCAUCUACAGUUUAAAGAUCUUCUGCGGGCCCGAGUACCCCGACCGCCCGCCAACCAUCUCCUUCUUGUCCAAGAUCAACCUCCCGUGCGUCAACCAGAAGUCCGGCAAGGUAGAGAAACUCGCAUGCCUAGACAACUGGAAGAGGAGCUACACGCUGGAAACGGUGCUGGGCGAGCUUAGAAGGGAAAUGGCCAACCCGUCAAACAGGAAACUCGCCCAGCCCGCCGAAAACAGUUAUUUCUAA